UCUUGCGAAGAUGAGACUUUUUAUCACAUUUUCCUGCAUAUUUUUAUCACUUUUUGAGGUUUUCUUGCUCAUCAAAGCCGAAUCUUUGAUAGUUGAGACAUCAACAGGUCCCGUUGAAGGCAUUCGCACCCCGGGCAAAUGCAAAGAAGCGAACGCUUGGUACGGAAUUCCUUAUGCGAAGCCUCCCGUGGGUGAAUUACGCUACAAACGACCUGUGCCCGUCGAACCUUGGAGCGACAUUUUAAAAACGAAGAAAAAACCGAAUGCCUGUCAUCAGCAAUUGGCGAACGAUGAUCCUGUGGAUCCGGGACUUUUUACGUUGCAUCGCGAACACCUGUCGGAAGAUUGUUUGUACUUGAAUGUCGUGUCUCCCGUGGAACGUGAGGGAAAAUUACCUGUGAUGGUUUGGAUUCAUGGCGGCAGUUUCACGAGUGGCGGUACCCGAAUGCAUCUUUACGACACGGAAUGUCUCUCGAAUUACGGCGAAGUUGUUACUGUUUCCAUCGGAUAUCGUGUCGCAAAUUUGGGAUUUUUAUAUUUGGGCGAAGAUACGGCACCCGGAAAUUUGGCGCUGCUGGACCAACAACUCGCUCUGAAAUGGAUAAAAGAAAAUAUUGAGAAUUUUGGCGGAGAUCCCGAUCAAAUUACAAUCCAUGGUCAAAGUGCGGGCGGAUCAAGUAUCAGUUUUCAUCUGUUGUCUGAAGGUUCAAAGGAUUUAUUUAAACACGCGAUUGUCCAAAGCGGUGCUGCUUAUUGCCCAUGGAGUUGGAUAAGUAAUGAACGUGCACGAGAAAAUACGAAAAAAUUCGCUGCCAGAGUUGGAUGCACUGACACAAGUAGCGAUGAAGUACUUUUGAAGUGUUUGCAAGAAGUUGACGCCCAAAAACUCGUUGAAAGCGAAGAACAUCCAGAUGUACCGGAAUUUCCUCCAACGAUUGAUGGAUUGUUCAUCAAAAAAGAUCCGUGGACCGUGCAAAGGGAGACUGAUUUUACGGGACGAAGUGUGAUGAUUGGUACGACAUCCGAGGAGGGAGACGUCUAUGGGUUUAGUUUCCUCAUGAAAGUCGGCGUCGAUGAGAAAAACAUCCCGCAAAACGUCACCGAACAAAAUGCGAAAGAUGUUCUUGAUGUUGUUGUUGACGCUUUAUCGCAUGACAUCCCCGAAGGCACGGCACAAAAAGUUCUGGACUUUUACGCGGAAAAAACCAACAAAAAUUACUUCAACGUAGUGUCACAAGGCGCCAUCGGAGACCCGUUACUCGACUGUCCCGUGAACGAUUUCGCUGAUGGCUUGGCGAAAAACGGCGCUAAAGUCUAUAAAUACGUUUUUGCGCAUCACGCGAAAUAUUCGCCGUGGGCACAGCGCGGUUUAGGAGCAGCUCAUUGCGAAGAACUUCUUUUUAUGUUCGGCGAACCUCUGCGAAAAGAUGCCAAACUCGAAUUUUCGCUCUUUGAAAAAUUAUUGGCGAAACGAACGAUCGGUUAUUGGACAGAUUUUGCUAAAACGGGGGAAGUGCGACGAAAUAUGCUGCAAAAAUGGCCAUUGUACGACGAAAAGGACAAAAAGUAUGUUCAAAUAAAUUUACUGGGUACUUCAGUCGAGGAAAAUUUCCGAGGCGAAUACUGUGAAUUCUUCAAAAAUGAGUUGUGAAGGGACAUUUUUUUCGUCGCUAAAAAGAAAAAAAAAGAAAUUUGUUAAAAGGAUGAAUAAAUUGAUAAGUAAAGUAAUUUGAUCAGCUUUUUUGUCAACAUUAUAGGCAUUGAAAGAUUAUUUGAAGUGGUUUUCUUCCUCAUUUUUUUCCUUUUUAUAUUUUUCUCUCGAAGGGUGAACGAUGGCAAAUAUUUGUAUAGAGACGGGAGAGAGAAGGAAAAAUAUGAAAAGUUAAUAAAUAAUGAAAAAGAGGAGUUUUUAAAAAAGUUUGUGACAAAAUUGAAAAAUUGGAUGUCAAUUGACAGUCUGUUGAUUUUUUUUGGACUAAAAUU